GUUUGGACGUCCGGGAUGGAGCUGCAAAGUUUUGUCCACUUCAUUCUCCCUUCUGAUGCGCUUGGCUUGCUUGCUGGUCUCAGGAACCUGGAGAAUUCAUUUCCCAGGCCUGCCCCAGAAAGCCAUCUACGGCCAUCGACCCUUCCUGAGCGGACAGAGCCCGGGCGGAGGCUGGGGGCGGCGCGGGAGCAGGCUGCCGGCCGGGAGGCCCCAGGCGGUAGAGAAAGGUGGCCGCUGGCCAGCUCCGCCCCGAACCACCUGAGUGCGCCCCGCCGCCUGCGCCGAGGGAUAAAAGAGCGCGAGCUGCCCUAGGUCAGCGAGUUCGCGCCGCUCCUCAUCCGCCCUUCGCGCCAGAGCUCUCCAGCCUCGCCCGGCCGCUAUGUCCAUCCACUUCAGCUCGCGCUCCACCGCCUUCCCGGGCCGGAGCGCCCAGGGGCGCCUGAGCUCCGGCCGCCCAGGAGGCUUUGGCAGCAGCAGCCUCUACGGCCUGGGCGCCUCCCGGCCGCGCGUGGCCGUGCGCUCCUCCUAUGCGGGCCCGGAGGGCGCCGGCAUUCGCGAGGUCACCGUUAAUCAGAACCUGCUGGCGCCGCUGCGUGUGGACAUCGACCCCACCAUCCAGCAGGUGCGCCAGGAGGAGCGUGAGCAGAUCAAGGCCCUCAACAACAAGUUCGCCUCCUUCAUCGACAAGGUACGCUUCCUGGAACAGCAGAACAAGAUGCUGGAGACCAAGUGGGCACUGCUGCAGCAGCAGAAGUCAGCCAAGAGCAGCCAGCUCCCUGGCAUCUUUGAGGCCCAGAUUUCUGGGCUUCGGAGACAGCUGGAAGCAUUGCAGUUGGAUGGGGGCCGCCUGGAGGUGGAGCUUCGGAACAUGCAGGAUGUGGUGGAAGAUUUCAAGAAUAAGUAUGAAGAGGAAAUCAACAGGCGUGCAGCAGCUGAGAAUGAAUUUGUGGUGCUAAAGAAGGAUGUAGAUGCUGCCUACAUCAACAAGGUGGAGCUGGAAGCCAAGGUGGACAGCUUGAAUGAUGAGAUCAACUUCCUCAAGACCCUCAAUGAGACGGAGUUGGCAGAGCUGCAGUCCCAGAUCUCGGAUACAUCUGUGGUGCUGUCCAUGGAUAACAACCGCUCCCUAGAUCUAGAGAGCAUCAUUGCUGAGGUCAAGGCCCAGUAUGAGGAGAUGGCCAACCACAGCCGGGCUGAGGCUGAAGUCUGGUACCAGACCAAGUUUGAGACCCUCCAAGCCCAGGCUGGGAAGCAUGGGGAUGACCUCCGGAACACCCGGAAUGAGAUUGCGGAGAUGAACCGUGCCAUCCAGAGACUGCAGGCGGAGAUCGACGCCAUGAAGAACCAGCGUGCCAAGUUGGAGGCUUCCAUUGCCGAGGCUGAGGAACGUGGGGAGAUGGCACUCAAGGAUGCUCGUGCCAAGCAGGAGGAGCUGGAGGCCGCUCUGCAGCAGGCCAAGCAGGACAUGGCACGGCAGCUGCGUGAGUACCAGGAGCUGAUGAAUGUCAAACUGGCUCUGGACAUCGAGAUCGCCACCUACCGCAAGCUACUGGAGGGCGAGGAGAGCAGGAUGUCCGGAGAUGGAGUGGGUCCUGUGAACAUCUCUAUGGUGAAUGCUGCUGGGGUUAGUGGUGGCAGGUUGGUCUUAGGGGGAACCAUGGGCAGCAAUGCUCUGAGUUUCUCCAGCAGUGGGGGACCUGGGGCCCUCAAGGCCUUUUCCAUCAGGACCACGUCCACCACCCACAGAAACCCCCUUAACUGAGCACAUACAACCAAGCUGUGGGCAUGGAGAGACCCCUGUGUCCACAGUACAGGAGAACCCUUCCUGCCUUAUGUCCCUGCCCCAAGACUUAAAGAUGGUCUAAAAACUGCUGCCGUUGGUUUCAAUAAAGAUCCUCCCUGAGUGAGCUUCA